AUGUGCAGCCCUUUGUAUGAUGUAUUGGAAUCCUAUGAAUCUGGGAAAGUCAAAAAGGGAUCUGUUCGAGUGAGUAAGUGGAUGGGUUACAGAAAUGAGAGUAUGACAUUUGAUGAAAUUAUGGAACAAGUUGAAGUUGCUUUUGCCGAAAAUUUUGGCUCAAAAGACUGCAAUAAAUAUCCAACUGUUGUGGAAAUCAGACCAAGUGGAGGACCUGCUUGCGAAUCAUUAUUCACGGUACUUCGGCACGUGACAGAUGAUCAGAUUGGCAUGAAAGCGUGUGGUAAAUCACCUCAUAUUUUCCAAAGCGAAUGGCCUAAUUUCUCUGUUUAUAUAAAACGUUUCCAUUUAAAAUCUAUUAAACAAGAUGAAUUUAUGGAUGAAACAAAGGAUUUUAUUGAACAAUUAUCAGAAGGUAAUUUUAACUAUAUGCCAGAACCAUAUUAUUGGAUUAUAUACGAUCCAUCAUUAAUGAAUGGUGAAGAUGGCAAUGCAGAGAUUUGGUUAAAAAUUGAAUAA